GCAGAUUUACUUGGGUGAAGGACAGGAGAGAAUAAAAAAAGAUGUCUGGACUCACGAGGAGAGUUAAACAGACCACAGCCGUCCCCAAGCAGGAGUGGUCUUUUAUCAGUGUAACUGAAUCAGAAGAUGAAACCAUGGAGGAAGAUGAAUGGGAACCAGAAAAAAAAGCUCCUAAAGCAAAGAGACCACCAAAAGUCAAUAAAGAAAUAAAAAAAAAAGCUGAACCAAAGCCAAAGCGUGCAGCAGCCCCAAGACCACGGAAGACCGUGUCAAAAAAGGUCAGCGGUGUUUCAAGCCCCACGCACAGGGUGCCUGAGCUCAUUUCUGGAAACACUGAGAUGGUUGGUAAUUUGUCUGGACUCAACGAGACGGUUGGAGUGCAAGUUAAGGAAGAGAGAAAAUCAGUUGGGAUAGAGAACAAUUUCUGUGAAGGGUUGCUGGACAAGCCCAUCAAGCAGGAAAUUCUAUCACCGAAGCGGGCAACCGCACAAACCUCAGCACCAAAGAAGGCAACGCAAAAAAGACAAACGCCGAAAAAGCUGGCGCCUCAAAAACGUGCUACAGUGCAAGGUCAGGUAAAGGAGGAACGGAAAAGUAUGGGAAUUGAAGAGUUGCCCUCCACCAGCAGUGUGCACAUGGAAGCACAGCUCAAGAAAGAAGAACCACCAGAUGAUUUCACCUUUGGAGAACCACCAAUGAAGAAGCUGAAGACAUCCAUGGACUCUUUGGGAAAACCAGUCAAGCUAAGCAUUGCCGGCGAUGAACUUGAGAUGAAUUGGAACUUUGUGGAGGUUUUAUCUGAGAAGACCAAUGUCGACCCGUGGGUUUGCUGCAAUCUGAUUAAACUCUUUAAGGAGGAGAACACCAUCCCUUUCAUUGCUCGCUAUAGGAAGGAACUCAUUAAUAAUUUAGAUGCUGAUGCUCUGCGAGAGGUACACCAAGGAUUGGAAGAUUUACGAGCAGUUGCCAAAAAAGCUCACAACAUGGUCGAAAAACUAAAGAAAGAAGGGAAACUCAAUUCCAGUUUGCAAACCGCCAUUUUAAAUUCGAAAUCAACAGAUGAAGUUGAACAUGUGUGUGCGCCGUUCAAAACUGGAAGCAAAGGUACGAAGGCACAGAGAGCCAGACAGCUUGGCUUGGAAACAGCUGCUAAAGGUCUCAUCGAAACCCCAGGACAGCUCAACCUCUAUGCAUACAUCAAAGGGGACGUUGAAGGCCUUGCAACUAUACAAGAUAUAGAGACUGGUGUACAGCACAUCCUGGCCGACAUGAUGGCUAAAGACAAGGACACUCUGGAGCAUAUCCGGAAUUUGUGUAAACAAAAUUUUGUUACAAUUCAUUCCACAAUGGCAAAAGCUACUGGAAAGGAAAAGGACAAAAUGGUAAAGGAUGUGGAUAAAUUCCACUUGUACCACAAUUUCACCUGCAAUGUGAAUCGAAUUCAGCAUCACCAGAUUCUGGCGAUUAACCGAGGGGAAAAUUUGAAAAUUUUGACAGUAAAGGUCAACAUUCCUGACAGGGUGAAGGAUGCAUUCUGUAGGUGGUGUGUUAACGAAAGGUGGAGACCACAACAGUAUGCGAAAGCAGAAUUAAUGAAAAUACUCCAUAAUUCCGUUGAUGAUUCUUACAAACGUCUUAUUUAUCCUCUCCUCUGCAGAGAAUACAGGUCAAAAUUAACGUCAGAUGCAGAAAAGGAGUCCAUUAUGAUGUUUGGGAGAAACCUGCGUCAGUUGCUGCUUGCAAACCCCGUGCGAGGACGUACAAUAAUGGGCGUUGAUCCUGGAUAUAAACAUGGCUGCAAACUAGCAAUCAUUUCGCCUACUAAUCAGAUACUGCACACGGAUGUUGUGUAUUUGCACACAGGCAAUACCCGUGGUAUGCAUGAAGCUGAGAAGAUUAAAUGGCUUUUACAUAACUACAGCUGCCACACAGUUGCAAUUGGAAAUGGGACUGCAUGCCGGGAAACCGAACGAUAUUUUGCAGAUUUAAUUCAAAGGAAGUUUUUUGCACCUCUUGAUGUCGUCUACUGCAUAACGAGUGAAGCUGGUGCCUCCAUAUAUAGCGUGAGUCCUGAAGCAUCAAAGGAAAUGCCGGAUCUAGACCCAAAUCUACGAAGUGCAGUUUCCAUAGCAAGACGUGUACAGGAUCCAUUAGCUGAGCUUGUGAAAAUUGAACCCAAACACAUUGGAGUUGGUAUGUACCAGCAUGAUGUCUCGCAGGUCUUGUUAAAAGCCACCCUGGACAGCGUGGUGGAGGAGUGUGUCAGCUUUGUGGGAGUGGAUAUAAACAUCUGCUCGGAAACCUUGUUAAGACAUAUUUCUGGGUUAAACUCUGCUAGAGCUAAGAACGUCGUUGAAUGGAGGGAGAAAAAUGGAGCCUUCGUCAACAGAGAGCAACUCAAGAGUGUCAAAGGACUAGGUCCUAAAUCCUUCCAACAAUGUGCUGGCUUCAUUCGAAUUAACCAGGACUAUGUCAAGGGAUUGUGCAGAGACUCUGGUAAAUCAAGUCUGCCAGAUAGCAAUAGUACUAAUUCAAAACCCGGUAAGAAGACUGCUAAAUCUGCUUUGAACACUGGGUCCAAUCCUCUAGAUCAGACAUGUAUUCACCCGGAGUCGUACACCAUAGCAACGAGAUUUUUAUCCCUCGUAGGCGGAAAUGCAAAUGAUAUCGGGACACAGAAAAUACAAAACCAAGUUAACCAAUUAAUUCAACGAGAAGGAGUUGAAAAAGUGGCUGCAAAUCUUAAAACAACAGUCCCAACAUUGCAGCUAAUUAUUGAUGGUCUCUGCCAACCCGAAGGCUUUGAUAUCCGUACAGCAUUUGACAAACCUGACUUCAAAACAAAUAUUGUCUGCUUUGAUGACCUGCAUGUCGGAACAAUCUUAACUGGAAAAGUGGAAAAUGCAACAUUGUUUGGAGCGUUCGUUGACAUUGGCGUUGGCAAAGCAGGCCUAAUUCCGAUGCGAUACAUAACCGAGGCAAAACUCUCCAAAGAAAAGAGAAGACGGAGCCUCGGACUUGGACCGGGGGAACGAGUGGAAGUUAAAGUAAUAAACAUUGACAAUAAACAGUGCAAGAUUACUCUGGACCUUCUUAGAGUUUUAUAACCAGGUUGUGCGUUUGAAACAAACGCUACAAAGUACACGUAAAAAGUGCCUCCAUCAUUUAGUGACUUGAAGUUGACAAGCUAGUCCGGAAUAAACUCUGGCAGAAUAUCUUGUUAUUUUUGUUGCACCAGGUUGUUUUAUUUCUUGCCUCUGGAACUACAUUAUUCAAGCUUCGAUAAAAAAAAAUACCCUCUUGUUUUUUUUUUUUUUUGGAUUGCGUAUAUCAAAGCCAGAAAGGCUGAAAGAGCUUCAUAUACAGAUUUUUUUUUUUUUUUUUUUGAUAAGUACACAAAAGGUUCCUUGCUGUACAUUUUAUAUCUAGUUCUCCAUACAACCAAAAGCCAUAUUUUUUGAAAAUUUUUGAUGAUUGCUAAGAGGUGUACACUUAAAGCCACAAUUUGCAGUAGAAGAUUAGGUAAAAUCUUUCACAUUGUAGUUUUUUGUAUUUUAUUUGUUGUUGUUUUUUUUGUUUUUUUUUUUUUUUGUGGGCACAAUAUUAUACAACUGUAAAACGAAAAAAAAUAUGGUGCUGUCUACUUGAUUUUAAUAGCACCAAACGUAAUGGUGGGUUGUAUGUUAAAAAGUAAUGGAAGUGUGAGACUCUGUGCUCAUCUUGCCAAAAACGGAAACUAGCUUUUAGACCUCUGUAAUAUAUUUGUGUCCACUGUGCGCCUUAUUUAUGUGAUAUCAGGAUUUUUAUUUCUAAGACUGUUUACAGAGGAGCUUCAUUUUCUAUUUUUUGCUUGGAACAUCUUGGGAUAAUAAAUUACACGUCAUAUUUAAAAUUAGGUUUUGACUUAUAACAACAUUCAAUACUUUUUGUCCAACAACUAAUGAAAGACGAUAUAGUACAUUGUUCCUUCAAGAUGUAGCCAUGUUAUUUCUAGAUCUUGGUGUCUUUUUGACAUUUUUAUUAGAAGAUAUGUUAAUUAUUGAUCAUAUGCAACCUUUUAUGAAUCGUAUAAAAAGAAAAAAAAAAUACUUGUCAUUCUAUUUAGUUCUGCUUAUUGUCACCGUCUGGCAAUAAAGCGGUUUACUUAAUUUGCAUGUUCUCUAUAUCCUGUCCCAUUAUUCUUUAUAGCAAUUGGAAUUCUAGGCAAACAGUAUAAGAAUUGUAAGUUAGUUCAUUUUAGGUAUUAUGAUGAACUCAUUUUUUUGAAAUUUUGCUACAUCUUUGAAUAUUUAAAAGGAACAUCACGGAAAACAAUCUGAUUUAAAACCGUAAUAGACGUGAUGAAUAAAAUCGUGGUAUUCAUAGUACCAGGCAAUAAAAGAAUAAUUGCUUGUAUGUACUUUGGGGACCAGUACUGGGUUGUGAUAAUGACCCCCUAAUGUUUAUUGACUAGACUUUCAUUAAUUCUCAACCAUCCCAGGCUAUUUGGGGGAUCAUUUGUAUGUCAACAGCUGAGAGUUACUCAAACAGUUACCCAAAUCUGUCACCACUUCAAAAGGGUUUAAAGUCAAGUCAGAUUUCUGAAAUAAAGGACUUUGAUGGAAAAAUGCUAUGGCAUUGAUUUUUCAUUUUCUUGGCAAUGCUUGCCAUUUAACUUUGAGUUUUUGACUCUUUUCAGUGAGCACAAUGAAGUACUUUUGUGUAUAUUGGUAACUUAGGUUAUAAGUUGUCUCAUAUUUGUCCUCAUGCAUAGUGUGACCAAAAGUUGCAUAACGACCCAGAAGUUCCUCUAGUGGCUGUCUGGUAGACAGCCACUAGAGGUGGAGUUAACCCUCAAAGGUAAAUCUUGCAGUUUAUUUAAAACUACAAUAAUUACCUUUGCAGAUUUAAGGGACCAGGGCCUAUGCACCCAGGACCUCAUCAAUGAGCUGAAGUGGUCUUGGUGCCUAUAGUGUCCCUUUAAUAAGAAUAUAGGAUGUAUAUAGAACAGGGGUGCUCAAAAGGUAGAUUCACAGAUGUUUAUAACUUAAGCUCCCAACAUUCUUUGUCGUUCUAAAGACAAGCACAGCAUCCAAGGUUAUUUAGUUCUACAAUACCUUGGUUCUACCUUUUGGGCAAUUUUGGCAUAGAAGAACAAUGAAACCAAAUUGUUCUGGUGAAUGUGUAGUAAAGUUGUCUACUGGUGGUAUAAGUCUAUGGUUUGGCAGAUGGCUUGACGACAACUAAGCCUCGAGUCAGCCUGAACUCUGCUCCCUAUUCCCUUUCACCUGGUGGGGAGAUAUCAGAAACCUCUAUGGCUGUUCCAGGGACUGGAUAUCAGUUUAAUCCAUCACUCCUGUAGCCUAACCAUGUGUAGGAGCAGGGAUGAGGAAACACAAGCCUUAUUACAAAUGAAGCCUCUGGGCAUUGCAGAUGUGUUGUGAGGGCUAACUGUAGCAUUUGUAGACCCAAGGUUAACCAUAAGUACAUUUAGGUUGUUCUCAGAGAAACUUGUCGUGUUUCAUAUUAAAUGUAAAAAAUGUAAACAUUUGCUCUUUUGGUAACUGAAUAAAUGUGAGACUGUUGCAUUCACUA